AAACAAUUGUGUUUAUGACAGCCGUGCUCUAAAACAAAAAAAAAUGCGUUUGGCGAUGAUCCCCAUGACAACUUGCCGUUCAUCAAGCACUCAUUCUUCUGCCUUCAUUGAGAAUCCUCUGUAUGAGGCGACCUCCAACUUGGAGUCCAAGCGGGGGCGGGAGACUGUCACUUCACGGAACAAUCCACCACCACCACCGUUGCUUGAAGUUGAGCCGUCUCUCCUCAUUAACGAAUCAGCCGAGUCGGCAGCACAACCCCGACGCAAUGAAGAUCGUCCCUGGCAGUGACGCCACGCCGCUCAACGUGCUCGAGUUCGAGGAGUAUGCCCGAGAGUAUCUGCCCAAGUCCACGAUGGACUACUUCGCGUCUGGCUCGGACUCGAUGGAGACGUUAAAGGAGAACCGCGAGGCCUUCAAGCGUCUGGUGCUGCACCCUCGAGUGCUCCGCGAUGUGUCCAAAAUGGAUAUCAGUACGACUUUACUGGGCCAUCGCAUUAGAUCUCCAGUGUGUGUGGCACCUUCGUCCACGCAUAGGAUGGCGCAUCCGGACGGAGAGAUCGCUAGCACUUCGGCAGCAGCCAAAGCGGACACGUGCUUCGUGCUCAGCACCAUGUCCACUACGACGCUGGAAGAUGUGGCGACGGCGAGCAGUGCAGCCAACACCAACGCGCUGAGGUGGUUCCAGCUCUACGUCUUCAAGGACCGCAAAAUCACGGUCGGCCUGGUGCGGCGGGCGGAGAAGGCAGGCUACAAGGCCAUCGUACUGACUGUGGACGCCCCAGUGCUCGGGAAUCGUGAGGCGGACGUCCGCAACCACUUUAGCAUCCCCAAGCGCCUCACUAUGGCCAAUUUUGGCCCCCAGAACGCAACAACUGACUAUGCAGACUACGUGAGCGAUCUGUACGACCAGACUUUAAGCUGGAAGGACGUCGAGUGGCUCAAGAGCAUCACAAAUCUUCCAAUUGUAGCGAAGGGAAUUCUCACGCCUGAAGAUGCAGUGAUGGCGGUUGAAAGCGGCUGUGAAGGUGUCUUGGUAUCAAACCACGGGGCUCGACAACUCGAUGGAGUUACAGCUACGAUCGACGCACUUCCUGCUAUUGUCCAAGCGGUGGGUGACCGCGCAGAAGUGUACAUGGAUGGAGGCGUUCGACGCGGCACAGACGUCUUCAAGGCUCUAGCGCUAGGAGCUCGUGCCGUCUUCGUGGGUCGCCCAGUCCUGUUCGGCCUUGCCCACAGCGGCGAAGCUGGAGUCUCGAGCGUCCUGCGUAUCCUCAAUGCUGAAUUGAAGCAUGCCAUGCUCUUCUCCGGCACUGCAUCGCUCGCUGAUAUUGGUCCUGCGCACGUGCGUCGCGGACUGCCUCCUCUUCCGUCAUUGCUAUAAAAGCUUUGCCUGUUGCUGUCUUCAUCAAGAUCUCGCACUCUUAAUAAGCGAAAGGCUGAAACAGGAACCAUUACACGUAGUGACAAACUUGAGCGUGUUGUUAUUACGUUCGUUCAGGAUUAAUUUGAUAUCAACAAACGGAAGUAGUGUCGGCAUGUACACUUCUUACAGCGACGACGGAAGAGGAGGCACUCCACGACGAACGUAAGCAGGGCUGUACGUGCACAAUGAAUAAAUUGUGAGACUUCGGCACUCAACCAACAGCACACAAGAGUCACCUACCCAAUGUCAGCGAGCUUAGCAGUACCGGAGAACAACAUCGCAUGUUUCAAUUCAUCGUUGAGGAUACGAAGCACAUUGGAGACUCCAGCCUCGCCCUGCUUACAAUACACAGUUAGAGUUUUGAACAC